AUGUCCACAAAACAACUACCAUUUCCUACAGGGUCAUUUGAAAUGAUUCACUGUUCAAGAUGCCGUAUAGACUUUCAUGAAAAUGAUGGAAUUUUUAUAAGGGAGUCGGGUCGCCUUCUUCGCUCGAAUGGUUAUUUUGUUUAUUCAGCACCACCAGCUUACAGAAAAGAUAAAGAUUUUCCUGUCAUUUGGGAUAAGUUGGUGAACUUAACAACAGCAAUGUGCUGGAGACUCAUUGCUCAUAAAGUUCAAACUGCAAUAUGGAUUAAAGAAAAUAGUCAGCCCUCCUGUCUUUUGCAAAAUGCAAAACAAAAGGUUACAGAUGUCUGUGAUGUGGAUGACGAAUCUAAACCUUCGUGGAAUAUCCCACUUAAGAACUGUAUACAAGUCAGAAAAUGUUAUUAUUUCCACUCACUUGUCAACGGACCAGAGGUGACCAAACCACUGUUGGAGACAUCUCGGAAAGGAUAUCUUGAUGCAUUAUCUGCAUCUAGUUACUCCUAUGUUUCUUUACUCAAGCAUUUUCUUCCAAUCAUAAACCCAGGUAGAUCUUCAAUCUCUCUCACAUACAUCGCUUCAGAGAGGAUCAUUCCCGGAUAUGGGGGUGGUAUGAGUUCUGCAAAAGCUGCACUGGAAAGUGAUACACGAGUGCUUGCUUUCGAAGCUGGUAGAAAGCGCAAAAUUAGAGUCAACAUUAUAUCUGCCGGUCCACUGAGAAGCCGCGCCGCAAGAGCAAUUGGGUUCAUUGAUAUGAUGAUUGAUUAUUCAAUAGCUAAUGCCCCUCUACAGAAAGAGCUAUCAGCAGAGGAGGUAGGCAAUGCAGCUUCUUUCUUAGCAUCACCUUUAGCAUCGGCUAUCACGGGCACUGUUCUAUAUGUCGACAAUGGUCUGAAUGCCAUGGGUGUUGGAGUUGACAGUCCCAUAUCUAGUGAUCUUAACAUUCCAAAGGAACAACAUUAAGUACCGAUUCUCACCCAAACC